GCCAAGUGCAGACAAAUGGGACCAGCUAAGAUGGGGCGUUGGGGUCAGCUUGAACGGGUUGGGAUGAAGGGCCUGCCUUCAUGCAGUAUGCCUCUAUUAAGGGAAUAGAGAGAGGAAUGAGUUAGUGGAUGGUUGGAACGGGUGUGAGCGGUGAAGAGAGUGUUUGCUUCUGUUUCAGUUGUCAACUGGAGCUGUUUUCUCUCCUCAGGGUGAAAUGGCCACUCUGGCAGACGUGCUGGUCACGCUGCUGCUGACCUCCCUCCCCCCACGGGUCGCAUCGGUCACUGGUCUGAAUGACCGAUCAGCAUUCUCGGCCACCAGGACCAGCAGCAUGUUGGGGGGUCUGCAGAGAGCGGUCACCUUCGACAAGCUCUUGGUAAACAUUGGACACGACUUCCACCCGGACACAGGCAGGCUCGUGUGCAGGAUUCCCGGGGCUUACUAUUUUGCCUUCACAGUUGGAAAGUAUCCCAAGAAGAUGCUGUCGGUCAUGUUGAUGAAGAACAGCCACGAGGUACAGGCGAUAGCAUUCAGUGACCACAGGCGCAAGGACCGCAAGGUGCAGAGCCAGAGCCUGAUGCUACCACUGAGUGUGGGUGACUAUAUCUGGCUGCUCCUGUCAAGCAGCCCCAGGUACGCGCUGUACAGCAACAUGGGGCCGUACACCACCUUCACCGGCUACCUGGUCUACGCAGAGCAGCCGUCCCAGGGGCUGACCAAUAGCCUGCCCCCUGUCCCCAUCGCCUCCUGCUGUUGCCCCUCCACUCCGCAGCAUCACCAUGGCUACCGGUCGGCAUUCUCAGUGGCUAGAACGAGCUCUCUGCUGGGGCAGAGCACGGGGGAUUUGCAGCAUGAAGCCGUCACCUUUCACACCGAAUACAUCAACAUGGGCAGGCACUUCAACAAGCAGAAGGGGAUCUUCACCUGCCACAUCCCUGGAGCUUACUACUUUUCUUUCAAUGUCGGAAAGCAUCCCUUUAAGGCCAUUUCUGUGAAACUGGUGAAGAACCAGAGUGAGGUGCAGGCCAUGAUCUUCGACGAGGACGAUUCAGAGCGGAGGGAGAUGCAGAGCCAGAGUGUGAUGUUACUCCUGGCAAUGGGCGACAGAGUGUGGCUGCACAGUCAGCAGCAUCAGCGCUUUGCUCUCUACAGCAAUCUCGGCAAGUACGUCACCUUCACCGGCUUCCUCGUCUACCCGGACAUUGGCUCCCUGAGCAGUGAGCCUGUGUGCACGUGUCCAGCCUCUCCCCUGCACAGCAACUGCCAGAACACUCCGCUUUGA